AUGGAAGAUGAAACCACUGAUAUUGUUGACCACUGUGAUAUACUUUUAAGUUGCGUAGAUUCACAUGACGCGCUUGCUGAUUCCAGUAGUGCAUUGGUGAGCAAGCCUUUUCACCUCUGCAAAAGAGAUGCAGUAGCUCGUAGGCCAGGGUCCGGUAGGCAGGGCCAAGUAUCACAUAGAAGAAUCAAUAAGACGGGGAAGUUGGGUAUUAUUUUGAAAAGUGAAUCUAAUUUUGGAGAAGAAGUUAAGAAAAAAUCGACCAAUGGCCCUAAAGUAAAAGAGCAGAUCAGUUCACCUCAAAAGACGAUCAAGCCCUCUAAACAAUGGAACUUAGCCAAUGAUGAAGAUAUUACAAGUGAUAUGUGGCCUGAUGAAAGUACAAAUUGGGCUCCGUCUUCGGAGUUGGGAUCUCCUCGUCGCAAAUCAGUGCUUUCGCGGUCUAGCGUAACCACUCCGAUGAGGCCAACGCAUCCGAUUCUUAAUUUAGAUGAGGAAGAUGGCUAUGAGAAAGAGCAGAAAGAUAAAUUGCAAAUGAAUCCCAAGAACACACCGUUGAGCUCUCCCCGGCGCCAAUUAACAUUCUCUUCCCCAAGUAAAACACCUAAGGGGAAACUGAAAGCUCAAGAUCCUACGAUAUUUCAACUCCCCAGAAAUAUCAAGUUAAACCCAAACUUUGUUCCAACUCCCAUUCCAAAGGGCUACAGGUUACCUGAAGAUAGAAACCUAACAUAUUUCUUUGAUGGGUUUGAAGGUUACAUCGAUCAAAAGAAGCCCAUUAGGGCGCAUAAAAAAUCUAGAAAUUCAAUGUCCACUGCUCCAUCUGUUUCCAAGGACGAAUUCUCUAUGCUUAGUACAGUUCUUAAUUCCUUCAUGAACAAGUCGCCUCGUGAGGCGCUAACUCGUCUUCAACAAGCUCUUUUCCCGCAAUACUGGUUUGAGCUGCUGCAGGGCUUCACAUUGUUGUUCUAUGGCAUAGGCUCUAAACGGAGAUUCCUAGAAACGUUUGUAUUCGAUUACCUCUCGCCGAAACUUGCCCUGCAGUAUUAUGAACAAGAAGAAGCAGAGACGACUCAAACCUCAGAUGAAGAAAUUGAAGGCCUUCCUUGCGUAGUCAUAAAUGGGUUCAAUCCUUCCUGUAACUAUAGGGACUGUUUCCAGAGCAUCGCCUCUGUUAUGCUUUCUGAAGAACUAAGCAUAUCGGAAACUAAAUACUGGAACAACCAUGUUCAUUUACAAAUUCAGAAAAUGAUAGAGUUCUGGGCCAAUGAAUCCCCAGAAAUUCGUUUGAUUGUUCUUGUUCACAAUCUAGAUGGUGCAAUGCUUCGUAAAGAUGCCUUCCAAGUCAUGUUGAGUUCCCUUGCUAAAAUCAGACAAAUAGCCAUCGUUGCAUCGAUUGAUAACAUCAAUGCUCCACUGCUGUGGGAUAACCUUCGCUCCCAAAUGUACAACUUCAUAUUCCACGAUAUUACCAACUACGAAAACUACUCACUAGAAGCCAAUUUUAAGAGUUAUAUCAAGCUCCACAAAUCAGAACUCCAAGCUAGUGGUGUGGAUGCCGCAAAAUAUGUCCUCGAGUCCUUAACAAUCAAUUCUAAAAGGCUGUUUAAACUCCUUCUGCAAACUGUCAUCCAAUCCAUGGAAUCAACGAAACGUAUCAAGAUUACAGACUCUAGGCGUGCAGGCAUCGCCUUUGGCGUCCUAUUUAACACCUUCUAUCAGCAAUGUACAUUUCAAUUCAUCGCUUCAAAUGAAAUGUCGCUCAGGUCGAUGCUUAGUGAGUUCAUAGAACAUAAAAUGGCUCACAUGUCAAAAGACAAAGCCGGCCAAGAAACAAUAUAUGUCAGCUACUCGUUUGGGGAGAUGAAGAAACUACUCCUAGAGGGCCUAUCCGAUGUAUAA